UUUAAUCGCGAAAACAAGGGAAGCAAUGGCUACCUUUGCGACAAAUUGUUUUAAAAUAUCUUUCUCCUCAAAGUUAUUGCUGACAUGCAAUGGAUCGAGGCAUUUUUCAUCGUCAACGGCUUUGGCAGCCCGGAUGGGCUUCAUAGGGCUGGGUAACAUGGGAGGUCACAUGGCCCGCAAUCUGAUCAAGAAAGGACACCAGCUGGUUGUGUACGAUGUCUCCGCUGAUAAUGUGAAGGCAAUCAAGGAAGCUGGUGCAGAGGUUGCUGGUUCCCCCGCUGAGGUUGCCUCAAGGGUCACCAGCCUGGUCAGCAUGCUUCCCGAGAGCUCCCAUGUACAGCAGGUCUACACAGGGCCGAAAGGGAUAUUCAGUGCUGUUCAGAAAGGCUCCCUACUUAUGGACUGCAGCACCAUCGACCCCUAUGUGUCCAGGACCAUGGCAACCAUUGCUAAGCAACAUGGGGCUGAGUUUGUAGAUGCCCCUGUCUCAGGAGGUGUGAAUGCUGCCCGCGAUGCUGUGCUGACUUUCAUGGUGGGAGGACCUGACAGUGCGUACAAUGCAGCCAGCCUCUACCUCAGCUGUAUGGGCAAGAAUGUGGUGCACUGUGGACCUGUAGGCAAUGGACAGGCAGCCAAGAUCUGCAACAACAUGCUGUUGGGUAUCUCCAUGAUAGGCACUUCCGAGACCAUGAACCUUGGCAUCAAGUUAGGGCUGGACCCAAAGUUGCUUGCCAAGAUUCUGAACAUGAGUUCUGGGCGAUGCUGGUCGUCUGAAGUUUACAACCCCUGUCCUGGGGUCCUUGAAGGGGUGCCAUCCAGCAAUGACUACAAGGGAGGAUUUGGGACCGCGCUUAUGACCAAGGACCUGGGUCUAGCUCAAAAUGCAGCGACUGCAGCGAAAUCGCCCACACCACUGGGGUCUUUGGCUCACCAGAUCUACCGAACCAUGACCAAUCAUGGGUUUGGCGGAAAAGAUUUCUCAUCGGCUUUUAAAUUCUUGCAGGAUCAGAAUGAGCAGAAGAAAUAACAUCAUGAUGUACAUGUGUUAAUUCCCCAGUGGAAAUACUCAAUAUCAUGUCAAUUACUGAAUAUAAGUUUGUUAGAAAAUUUUGAAUUCAUGUUCUUGGUUUAAGAAAUUUGAUACAAGAAUUUAAUAUCCAUAUACAAAUAUUGAUUAUACAUGCUUUUUUUCUACUGUAUUGAUAAUUUUCUUAAAAAACUUUUCUUUAAUGUUACUUAUAAAAAGUGUUGUUAAAAUUUACCUUGUGAAAUAUGUUUAUUUAAAAAUAACAUGCAUUUUGCGCAGGCUAUGCAAAGCUAGAAAUGUCUUGUGAUUGAAUAAUAUUGGAUGUAAUUGUCACAUAUUAGAAAGGGUGUUUUAGCAGCUAACCAGAUAUCAGACUUCAUGUUACUGGUAGAUACAUCAGUAUGUUUUGGUGUUUUUUGUUACCAUGUAUUUUAAGAAUUCAAAGAAGUUAUUUUCAAUCUUGACCACUUAAACAGGAACGUUUGGGGAAAGAGCUUGACAGUGAUAGGGACUGCAAAAUUCCAAAGUCAAAUUAGUUGUUUCCAUGAUAGGUUGUGUUUAGAAAUUACAUUUUCAAAUACUUAUACUUUGUGGAAUAUGCAAAUGGCGAUGUUGUUUAUGCUAGGAAUUGUUGAAUGAAAUGUGGAAUUCUGUCAAUGGAAUAGCGACUACUGUACGUACGUGCAGUACAGCAGUUUAAUUUAUAAUAUAGUGUAUAGCCUUUACAUGAAAUGCCAUUUGGGUUGUUGUGUUGGAAACAUGAUUGAAUUUUGUUGUUUAUCAGGGAUUUAUCCUUUACUUUUAACAAUUGAGACUGUCAAUAAAUUGUAAACAACUAUAA